UGAAGCUUAUCUAUGGCUGAAGGUUAAAAAUCAUUUAAAAAUGGAUACUUUUGAUGAUAAAUACACAAAUAGUAUUCGAGUGCUUCGAGCCAAUACAAUAAAUAUUAUUUCCAACUUACUGAAUCCAAAGAAGUAUAUAAAAACUGAACAGGGAUUACUACGAGAUUGGGAAGGCUUAGCUGAUUUAUGUGGAAUAGCUGGGGAAGUUAUACCAAAUAUUUCUGUCCUUACAGAUCCGACAUCAAAGGUUUUGCAAAUAUGGCAAGAAAAGUCUGAUGCUACUAUUAAGAAUUUGCUUUUAUAUUUUACAAAACUUGAUAGGGAUGAUGUGGUCGAUGAUAUUUUACCAUAUAUAGAUGAAGACAUCAUUUUUAACAAGGAUCAUUCAUGUGACAGCCCUUUAGUUGAAUCGUUUGAUUAUAAAUCAGACGAACUUAUUUUAACAACUGAUGAUAGAAAAAAUUUUAGUGAAGGCUUAGAACUACAGAGAUAUGAUGCAUUUGUUUUAUUCGAAGACGAUGAUAUCAGUUUUGCAACUCUUCUUAUUGAUACAUUAGAGAAUACUUACAAUUUAAAACUCUGUGUAAGAGCAAGAGACUUAUUAGCUGGGAAUCCAGAACAUGAGUCUGUAAUAAAAUUAAUAACGGAAAGGUGUGGAAGGGUGAUUGUUAUUAUAUCACCAGAAUUCCUCAAAAGUAAUGUAAAUAAGUUUUUUUAUAGUUUGACACAAUCUAUUUCUAUUGAACAGAGACAGAGAAAGAUUAUUCCUUGUAUAUAUAAGGAAUGUGGAAUUCUACCUCCAGAAUUAAAUUGUUAUGUCAAAUUAGAUUUUAGAAAAACGGGUCCACUAUGUGAUUUUUGGGAUAAGUUAUACAAUUCAAUUAAAAUAAGUCAAAAUCAACCAAAGACAAAAUUAAGUUUACCUGAAAAUAGUUUAUCUAGUAGAACAAAUGAAGUUCAAAAAUCUUUAACCAAAAACCUUUCAAGCUCUGUUCUUAAAGAACUUAGUAAUGGACAAUUGUUGCCACCUGACAACGGUGUUAAACAUUUAAUAGACAAUAAUAUUUCAAAUUCUGUUACAUUUAGUCAGAGUAUGAGUAAUUUGCCUGACACUACAAUACCUCAAGAUAAUAUUGUUCCAUCAACUAGUGUGAACAGUGUAGGAAAAUAUGAAGAAAAGCAUGCCAGGAAAUCUUCGUCCUUUACACAGAAAAUAAAAAAAUUUUCUUCAUCAUUACUUCCAAAGUCUAACUCAGAGAAGAAACACUUACCACAACAAAAUAUGGUAGACCAGAAUGUUUCAAUGGAUAUUAAAGACACACCUAAGGAAAUCAAACCACCAAAGAAGGAAAAAAAGUUUUCUUUUAGGAAAAAUAAGAAAAAAAAUAAGGAAGCUGUCCUUGCUGAUACUUGAAAAUAAUUAGUUUGGUUGAACUUAUUGGAUUGAAAAAUCUUGAGUUCAUUCUUGCAUCCGUGCGUCGCGCGUCGUCCAUCGUUCCGUCGCAGUCCCAUUGAAGUAUGAUAUAUUUUUGGAUUAAAGCAAUAAACUGCCUAAAAAUAUCCGUAGUUAACUUAAGAAAAUUAGAAACUUUUUUUAGUGAAAAAGAUGAAUUGGUAUGGCCGUCAUCUGCCUUUUUUCCUGUCAUCUUCGGACUACCUAAAUUAUUUUGAUUAAAUCAUUUUCUUAUGAAAGCCUUCUUUAUAGUCCAGGAGGCAAUGAAGAUUUUCGGUACUUAUUUUCCCAGUCAGCAAACACCGAUAGAAUUAUUCGGUAUCUUAUUCUAAGCAAAUUUCAAAUACAGGGUGGUCCGAACUGUAUUCCGGAAAC